AUGGCGCUCCGAACCGAAGGUCGAGCUCGCCUGGCGAGAUACGCGUUGGAACAAGGCCUUACCUGCAGCCCUUACCACUGGGGGUGUCUGAACAAGCUGCUGGGAGUGCUGGUGACUCUGGACGACUGGCAGGCAGCACACGAGCUCGCGGCCUACAUACUCCACCUGGCGCCCACUCACGGUCGCGCGCGGCAAGUGCUGGCCAUGGCGAACGAGGUGUUCCAUCCAGACCCUGCUGCGCUGCAAGCAGCAUUGGACGGCCUUGCUGCUCGCUCCUUCGCUGCUGCUGCUGGCGAUGAGAAUGGCCUGGAUGCUGGGCCGUCAGCAGGGGCAACUGCAGGGCUCUCAGCAGAGGAAGCGCAGGAGCAAGAGCCUGAGCAGCAGGGGAGCCCACUGGGCAGCAGUGAGGUGUCCGUUCAACACCGGCCGGUGCUUGAGCUGCGCGGUCGCUCCUGGGCCGAGCUGAUCUUGAACAUUGUGGACGUGUUACGCACGGUGCAGCAGCGGUCGGUGGAAAGGCGGGGAUUGGAGUACCCUCAGCCGGUGGCUGGCGUGUCUGUGACGGUUGUGCUGGCGGGCAGCCCGCAAGGAGGUGAUCCCAAUCAUCGCGCUGAGGGUCUUGUCAGAGAGGGCGACGAAAUCGGUUGUGGGAGGAACGAUGAUAACCAAGGGCCUCCAAAGGAGCAGAAACUGCGGAGCUGCGCUGCUGGGGAAGCUGCUUUGUCUGGAAGGGAUUGUUCUGUUGAUAUGGCAUCCGGGCACAAAUCAUGCCCAGUUGAGGCAGCAUCAGCACCCACAGCGUUGGCCCAGCCGUUUCCAGCUUCCCAUCCCUCAGAGUCGCCUCUGCCUGAAGCACCGCUUGACCCUCCUGCUGCCUUGUCUCAGCCUGACCCAUCCUCCCGCGCCGUCACUGUGCUAUCUCAGCCCGACUCGAUUGCUGUGGUUGAUCUUAGCAUGGAGGACUCGCAGUCGCCUCCUGAUGCCACUCCCACACCUACAGCUGAGCUGCCAGCUGCUUUAGGUCCUGCCAAGUCAAGGAAGCGGAUGAGACACCCGUUGUCGUUUGUGGGCACGGAGAGGCGCACGCGGCAGCAGAUCAAGGAGAUGCAGCUGAAGGAGGCCAAGGGGAAGGAGAGCAGCCUGCUGGAGAGUGCAAAGCCCCUCCCACCGAAGAGGCUGCGUGUGUUUGACAUUCUGAGUGCUUGCUUCAAGCAGCACUCGCGCUUGAUGGGAGCCCGUGAUGUGGACGGCUCGGCUGUUGCUGGGAAGAAUGGAGAGGGUAAGGAGGGUGUUGCAGAUGGUGUUGCUGAGGGUGGCGUUGGUGCGGAUGCUGCUGCUGUGGGUGCCAGCUGCGCUCGUGUGGGGAAUGGUGGUGGUGCAUUCGAUGGUUUGAAGAUGCUACACAUGCUGCGACGCAAGGAGGUGCUGGUGAGGUUUUUCAGCAAGGAGGAGGAGUGGAGCAGCGUGGAUGUGGAAGCAGGCGCCAGAGCUGAAUUGGAUGCUGGUGCUGGAGCGGGUGCCAGUGCUUCAGAGGAAGUUAAGGCUACUCCUGCUGAUGGCCGUGACGCUGCAGGAGAUGCAGAGCGGUUGGGUGUGGUCCAGCAAGUGAGUGCAGCAGAGGUGGAGCAGGUGCAGUCAUUCCUCGCCGCCCUGCCAAUCCGCCUCCCUCUUCUCCAAGCAACCUCGAAUAUGUUGCAGUACUUGGCCUCUCACAUUCCCCUCUGCGCCCUCACACCCUCCCUCCUGGAUUCCCUCCUCUGGCUUGAAAGACAAACAGCUUCGUGGGAAGGCCGCUCUCCCCGUGUUUGGCUGUAUCUGGGGGAGCUUUAUCUGGUGAAGGGGAUGCAAAGUGAUGGCGAGAACAGAGGGCGGCGAGAGGCAGCGGGAGGGGCGGUGGAGAGGGAGUGCGUGCAUUGCCUUGCCAUGGCAGAGCAGGGGCAGAUGGAUGAGGAAGGGGUGAGGUGGGAGGUGGAUGGGGAUGCGUGGGGCCGAGUGGGGAAAGGGAGAGAGCCGCUAGAGGAAGCAGACGGAGAGGCGGAGGAGCUAGGUCAGAAAACGAGGCAAAGUGGUUUAGGGGGUUGGGAGAAGGUGGGGUUGUGGGUUCGGCUGAGAGCAAGCCAGGGGCAGGUGGCGAUGCGGAGGGGCGAGCAUGGGAGGGCGAUUGAGCUGUUCACGUGGUGCAGGGAUGCGCUGGGCAGAGCGGAACAGAGCAGGGUCUGCACAGAUGGCGCUGAGGGGAUGUUAAUAGCAACAGCUGGGCCUGAAGCAGUAUCAGCACUAGCACAUGCAGCGGUGGAGGUGCCGCAUCUGGCAUGUGUAUGGGGCCCCAGUGGGGGUAUUUCAGUGCAGAGUUUGGACGAGCUGUUGAGCGUACUGCAUGUGGAUUGUGCACUGGCAGGGCUGUCAGGGACAGGAGAGGGCGAGGUAGGGUAUGAGCUCCCCCAACCGCCGCCGCAGCAGCAACAACUGAUUAAUAUGAUGAAGCCUCUGCUGUUGAGGGAUGGGGCAGCAGCAGGGAUGGGCGGUGGAGCUGGGAGGCAGAAGGGCAGAAGAAGUUACUGUCUCCCAGGCUUGGCCUCUCACAGUUCAAUCUCAGAUAGCUGUCAAGGGGUGAAUUCAGACAGUCAUAAGAGCGAGCAGAGCUCUGUCAAGUGGUUGGAGACCCUUAAGAGACUCGUGGCUGCCACACGUGGAAUGGCUCAGGAGCAGCCGUUGACGCUGGUUUGUUACAAGCACAUCCUCGCACUGCUGUCCGGCAGAAUAAGCAUGGGGGCGCUGCCCCCUGCACCUGUGAAAGCAACGCCAGUGGCGCCAGCUGCUUUGGAAGGCUCUGCUGCAGCUGCUGCUGCUGGGAAGGUCUCUGCUGCUGGUGGCAAAAGUGAUGCUGGUGCGAGCUGUGACGCGGAGCUGAUGCAGACAGUGCAGGGGCUGAGGGACUUGACGGUCUCCAUGGCGCUUGGGACAGGAUUGGAUUCGCAGGUAAAUGAGCAGCACUUGGAGGAACUCCAGCAAGUCGUGGCAGUGCUUAUUGAUUUCGCCUUCUACAAGCACCGCGUGUUACAAGAACAGCCAGCGAGCCAGCUGUCAAGGGAGGUGUACCAGCCAGGCUUGGGUGCAGCAGCAGCAAGAAGUGGGAUUCUGGCAGCGUGGCAGGGGAUGGUGGCAGCGUGGCAGGGGCUCCUGGUAGAUCUGUGUAUGGUGCUCUGCUGCCUGCAACACUUGCGCGUGUCUGUGAAAUCAACAGAUAAGGUGGGCCUUUGUGCCAUCGCACACAGCAUCCUUGCUUCUCAAGGUCUCUGCUGUGCCCCUGCCUCCCCCUCCUCCUCCUCCUCCGUGUCCGUUGACAUACCCCCCUCGCCCACACCCAAUAACGCCUCAGCCGCUGUCAGUGCAGCAUCAUCUUGCCAACAACGUGGCAACAGCAGCACAGCUGCAGCAGAGGUUGAGCGAGGGGAAGCCACAAUAGCAGCAGCGAGAGCACCGAGUGGUAGAGGCGCGUUUCUUGCCCUCUCUGCUCAGCUGCUGACCAACCUAGAGUCGCUGCUGACCCCCUCAGUGCAUGCAGGAGGCAGGAAAACCAAGCUUGCUGCUCCAGGGGGGAAGGAGCCAAGAGCACGAGGUCUGAAGGGUGGAAGAGGAGGAGAUGGUAGGGAGGGAGGUGGCAGCGCGAGGGUCGUGCAACGGACUGGCGACAAUGCUGGGGGGUCUGCUGGUGACAAGGUUGAUGGAACUGCUGUUAGAGUUGGCAACACUGCUGGUGUGGGGAGAGCGAGUAUGGGAACGAAUGGGGGAACAGUCAGUGGCAGCGGGCAGGGCGAGAAGGUGGAGGAUGUGCAAGGGAGAUGCGCACUGCAGGAGAUUGAAGGGGCUAUGGAUCAAUGCUUUUUGUGCUUAUACGGGGUACAGCUGAGAGGGGCAGAGGAGGAUGUGGGUGGGGAGAGUAGCGGUGGUGCUGCAGGGCAGGAGGGAGCAGCAGCAGGGUUGGUUGAGCAUGAGAACACCCUGGCUGGGGAGUUGAAAUCCAAGGACCAGUGCGCUCGAGCGUUGAGGCACAUGGCACCGUUCACUGCCUCCUUCACUAUCGAGCGGCUGGUGAAGCUGGUGCCGCUGCUGACGUCCAUCCACUCCUUCUUCCCCUCCCCUCCCCCUGCCAUCCUCGCCCGUCACUCUGUGGAGCCGUUUUUGGACGAUCCACAAAUAAACGACUGGGGAAUGGCGGGGAGGAUUCUGGUGCAGAGGAAGAGGUUGGGAGAGGAGGGGAAGUUGGGAGGGGGGCGUGCGAUGGGGGAGGAUGGAUGCGCGGAGGAGGGCAGGAGGUGUAUGGAGGAUAGGGAGGGUGCGCUUGGUGAGAAGGGCAAGGAGGGGCUGAGUGACGGAGGAGAGCAACUCAAUGAUGCCAGCACCUUAGAUACAUCGCCAGACCUCUUGUCUUGCAUACCAGUCCUGCAUCCCCGCUCGUUCCUCUCCGAAUGGGCAUCCUCCCACCAUCCAGCAGCCCACCAUGCAGACUCGUCCCAUGCCAUGAACAGUGACACGUACGCUGACGUGUACAAUCCGCUCUUCGCCAUGCUGGCGCGCAUAGAGCCAAUCCCCAUGGGCCACCACAUGCCGCCAGGCUUCUUCCUAGAGCCCAAGGGCCACUCUCACGUGCUGCAGGUCACUUCUCCUCUGCUGGCCGACCUCUGCUACCAUCCCAGCAACACAGACUCGUGGCUCAAGCUCGCUCUGUUCUAUGAUGAGGCCUCUGACCUCAUGUUGAACGACGGGGCGAAGAUGAAGGGGCCUGCGGAGUGGCAUGCUGAGGAGGGGGUGUUGGGAAGGCUGCAGGGGUACAGGCAGCGGUGCAUGCGGUGCUUGGUUGAGGCUAUCGCUACUCCUGGCUGCCGGCUUCCGUUUGAAGUGGCCGCGUGUGAGGAGAGUGAUUCGAGAUGGGAGGGGUGGACGGGGCGUGAGGGGAGGAAGGUUUGGGAGGGGCGGAAGGGGAGUGAGGCUUGGGAGGGGUGUGAGGAGCAGAGGAAGAGGGUGGUGAGUGUGUUGGAGCUACUGGCGUUUGUGGUGUAUGAUUCGAUUCAGAAUGUGGUGCCGUCUUUCGACAGGCUCAGGCACACGCAAGUCAAGGAUGACCUCUGGCUCAACCGCUGCCGCCUCGCCUUUCAACUCUUCCGCAUUCUCCAAGCACUCUCUCCAAACUGGCAGUACCCAUUCUUUCAGGGCAAGCUCGCGGAGAAGCUUCACCUGCCCGCCUCUCUCGCCCUCUCCUUGAUGCGCCGGUCUGUCUCCCUGCGUCCCAAUGCUGUGGACACAGCCUACCGCCUGCACGCCUCACGGAUGAAGGCGCUUGCAAGGGGCCGUUUGGAGGCUGCGCUGAGUGAUGAUGACAUCCGGGCGCUUGUGUCCAAUAGCGACACCAAGGAUGUGUUUGCCAAGCUUCUGCAGCAGAAUGAGGAGGAGGCUCAGCUUGGAGGGGGUGUGACUGCAGCUGAGGGGAGCAUAGCGAGGGGCAAUGACCAUGUGACAGAUGGGGGAGAGGAAAAAAGGGAGGGUGGAGAAGUCGAAGGUGUGGAGGGCAGAGGAGAGGCUCACGGGGAGAAGGAGGUGGAGAGGGGGGUUGCAGAAGGGGCGGCAGCUGACAAGGCAGUAGCAGCAGGUGAGAAGGAUGGGAGUGACGAGUUGUUGGAGGUGGAGAGGGGGGGUGUAGAAGGGGGGGGAGUUGACAAGGGAGCAGCGGAUGAGAAGGAUGGGAGUGACGAGGUAUUGAAGAUGGGGAUGGGGGCUGGAUUGCCAGGAGUUGACAAGGAAGCGGAAGUUGAGAAAGGUGGGAGCGAUGAGGUAUUAGAGGUGGAGAGGCCGAAGGAGGGGAAGGAGGGGGCCGCACAGGAGGAAGAGACUGAUGAGGGAAAGGAUGGGGAAACAGAGGAUAAAGAGGGCGGGACACAGACGGACGGACUGAGAGGAAGUCAGGAGGAAAAUGAAGAGGAUGAAGGUGGUGGUGAUGGUGGUGGUGGGAGUGGUGGGGAGGGUGAAGAUGAGGAUGAUGAUGUGGUGUUGGUUGAGCCGACCCAAGUUGAGCCGACCCAAGUUGAGCCGACCCAAGUUGAGCCGACCCAAGUUGAGCCGACCCAAGUUGAGCCGACCCAAGUUGAGUCAACCCAGGAUUCCAGCUCUGUUAAGAAGCGGAAGGGCGGAGACCUGCCCAGCACCACCGGCAAGAAGCACUUGCGACUGGCAGGAGAAAAAGAGUCCUUGGGUCAAGCAGAACAGGGAGGUGCAGCUGGAGGGGAAGCCUUAAGAGCAGCUGCAGAACCAGCUGUGCAGUGUGAGGAGGAGUAUAAUGCAGAUGUAGCUGACUCGAAAAGGCAGAAGCAGAAAGCAGAGGAGGGGGAAGGUGAACAGCUGGAGCAGCAAGAGAAGAAGCAGAACGCUCCUGUGGUUGAGAUCCAACAGCUGCGGCAGCACUGGCCGUUGGUGUGGCAGCAUCUGUUCCAGGAGAGCGAGAGGGGGGUGAGAGAGUGCCUAGAAGGCGACUUUAAGCACUUCCACAGGGGGAGGUACUGCCUGGCGAAGGCGUAUCUGAGGCGGGGAGUGCCUGGAGACUUGGAGCGUGCCAAAUCAGAGCUCGGAUUCUGCUUCCGGAAGGCCAAAGUGGCGUUUGCAAUGAACAUGUGGGAGAUCUGCAUUCACACAAAGCAUGCCCCGAGGCCAAAAGGGGGGUCGAAGGGGGCGAGGGUGAGGAGGAAGGUGGUGGGGCUGGCAUCGGUGGAGGUGGCUGAGAGCUCUCGGAAGUUCAUGACGUGUGUGCGAGUGUACCUGAUGAUGUACCUCCGGCUCUGCUGCUACACCCGCGAUGUUGCUGCCUUGGAAGGGGCGCUUUCCACUCUCAAGACUGACAAAGAGUUUUCCACAGCAUUCGUUGACCUAGUGCCCUUAGCUCUCGCACUCUUCGCAGCUGAGGUGCUCCGGUUGUCCCGGAUAGCUUACGUUGAGACAGUGACCAGGGGUGGGGAGGAUAGAACUGGUGGCAAGGACGACGCAGCAGCACAGCACUUGGCUUGGGAGGAGGAGCAGGAGAGGAGCUGGUUUGAUAUGACAGAAUGGCACGCCCUGUCAGCUCUCAAGCUGUACGCUCACAAGAGUGACCUCGACUUUUUCGCAUCAGCUGCUGCCAAAAUCAGGACUAGAGCUCCCUCCCCUCCUCCUCCUCCUCCUCCUCCUCCUCCUCCUCCUCCUCCCUGCCCUCCGGCUCCUAAAUGCCCUCUUUUCAAGCAUCUAGUUACCCCGUGCAACAUCGCCAACCCAACUCAGACGUGUAAAACCCAAACCACAGCCGGACAAGAUGCACCGCAACCGUUACUACCGUUCUCAUCCCUUCCACCCUCGGCUCUUCACCACACUCCUUCAGCACCGCUUUCUGUGCCUGUGCCUCCUCAUAGCUCGCCCCACGUCCCCUCGCCUUCCUCCACCGCUCUUCUCCCCACCCCUCUUUCUCUUUCCCCUUUGAGACAUGCUGCUGCUUUUGCCCAGCGAAUGCACCUGCACACGAUGCUGUGCUGGUCCCAUGCUCUACUCGGCGCUCUCUCAGACAUCCUCCCCGUCUCUGCCUGGCCUCUCUUCCCCUGGCUGCACCCGCUCUCACUCUCCGAACUGCCAUCUGCCACCCCUCCUCUUCUGUGUAAGGGAGCUGCUGUGGCAGAAAGGGAAGAGGACAAUAACGGGGGGGCAGAAGAACACAUUGGGUUAGAGGAACGAGAGUGUCUGGAAGAAACUGAAGAAGGCUCGGUUGGUGGAAGUGAUAGUGAAGAUUCGGUACUCAAUUUGAUCUCUGACGAUGAUGAGGAGGAGGAAGAGGAGGAGGAUGAAGUGGAUGAGGAGGGCAAAGACGAGGCGAAAGAAGCAGAGGAAGGUGGGAGGCGGGAUGCUGGGAAGGGUAUGGACGAAGCAGGUAUGGGCGGGAAAGUAUGUGAAGGUGCAGGGGGAAAGGAAGGAGUGGAUCAACCAUGCUCACCAGCAGCAGUAGGUGUCGAAGCAGGAUCAGCAAGGUCUGUCCCUGUAUUGGCGAGAGGAGGCCUCAGAGUUACCAUACCACUGCUGCAAUUUCGGAUGCCCGUGCAACCUGCACCAUAUCCUUCUUCUGCCUCUGAUGCCGCUGCUCCGCUCCACAAUCCCAUGCAAUCACAAUCGCCUCUGGCUCUUCCGUCCAGCGCUAGCACAAAGGCCUUUGGUGCAAUCUCCGCCACUGUUGCAUCCGCUGCUGGGUCUGCUGCCACGUCCCUCCCUUCCACUCCCUCUUAUGCUCCUUCGUUUCCAGGCAAAUCCAUCUGCACCACUUCCUCUCCGUCUCCGUUCUCUGCUGGGCCUCCUUCCUCCUCAUUCCCUUCACUUACUCCCCCUCGUGUCAAUCUGCUCCUUCUUAAAGCCAAGGCAAGUGAAAGCGAUGCGGAUCGAGCACUAGCCCUGUUGCGAUCAGCCCAGGCGUUAGAGCGGGAGGCCUCAGGGGAGCUUCCCUUUGGCAAAGUUCUAGGGGGGGGAAAGAAGGGGGGAGUGAGUGGUGGGGGGGGAGCGCUGGGAAUGAAGCGAAUGAAAGCUGCUGCCAGAGAAGGUGCGGGGUCUAGCGGGAAGGCAGGUGAAGUAGUGGAGCAAGUGGGAGGGGGGGAAUCGCCACAGGAAGGAAGGAGCAACGAGGAAGAGGAGGUGGAGGAAUGGAGAACGAGGCUGCAUGGUUUGAGCACGCAGUUGCUGGAAGUGGCUUAUGCUCUGGUGCAUGGCCGGUCCCUGGCUGCCCUUGCUGCUGCUGAACAGGCGCAGGCACAGAUGCAGGCGGAGGAGCAGGCACGGGCAGAGGAGCUGGCAGAGGGGUGGAAGCGGGUGCAACGAGAGACAGCCUUGAACAGACAGGAAGACGAGGGUCAACAGGCUCUGGUUCCAGGCACAGAAGCCAAGGCGAAGGUCACCACAGCAACAGCACUGAAGUCAACUGCAGCAGCUGCUUCAACAGCAGCUGUGUCUGCAGCUGUUGUCACAAUUGCACGUAGCCCUGCAAAGCGGAUGGAGCAGAAUAUUUCACCUUGCAAAGUGCGUUCUGCCGAUGCACAAGCUCGUUUUGCAAUCACUGCAUCGCCAUCUGCAGCUGUCUCCCGUGAUGCUCCUUCCCCUGCUGCUCCAGCCCAGACUCCUUCUGCUGCUGCUGCUGCUGCUGCUGCUGCUGCUGCUGCUGCUGCUGCUGCUGCUGCUGCUGCUGCUGCUGCUGCUGCCUCUCCAUCCCGUUCUCUUAUCCCAGAUGCUGCUGAUACGGGUCUCCAGGCUUCCCCUCAUCCCCCCAAAGUUCCCUCCUGCUCCCCCACUGGUGCUGCACCUGUUCUCAAGCCUCCGCUUGCUCGCCUCCCCAAGCUGGCGCGGCGCUUUCAGGCUGGCUUGAAGAGAAAGGAGGCAGAAGGAGAGGAUGUCGGGCGGAGUAUGUGUUUGGAAGGUCACAGCGCCGGGUGGAAUGGAGACGCGGUGAAUGAAGCAGACAAGAGAAGAACAGGAGACUCUGCGGCAGCGGCAGUGGCAGAAGCAUCGGCAGGAGCAGCGGCAGAAGCAGCAGCUUACGAAGGAGUAGUGAACGGUUGGACAGGGUGCAGCCGAACAGAUGGAGUCAGAGUUGCACCGAGCGCUGCCAUUAAUGGCUCCUCUUUGAAGGGGAAGUGGAAGGAGGAUAGGGAUGACAUGCGACGAGGUAGCUUUGAGAAAGGCCAAAAGGUGGUGGAUGGAAGGGAUGUGGGCCGUGAGAGGGUGGAUGUGGAGGGAGGUGAAUGGCAGGUGCGUGGAGUGGAGGAUGAGGUGCAAGACGAGGGGAAAGAAAGUGAUAACGUGGUUCCGCAGCAGAAUGUGCGGCUGGAGGAGAGGCGUCAGCAUCGGUUGAAGGAGUUGGGUAAUGUGAUGGCUUCUGUGGGAGGAGCGCAUGGGAAGGACGAGGAUGGGGAUGAGGAGGCUGAAGAGGAUGGGAAGGAUGCAGGGGGUGGGAAUAAGGGAGAUGAGAGAAAAGGUGCGGGGCAUUGUAAGAGCAGUUUCGGUUGGCUUAGAGAUGGUGGAGAGAUUAUAAGAAAAAUCAAAGCAGGUGGAGCAGUAGAUGGUAAGGCGGCACCUUCGCGCCAGGGGAGCAGGCCGGCAUUGUCACUGCAGAAUGACGCAGGAAAGGUCGCUGAGGGAAAGAAGCAGCUCACAGCUGCAGCUACGCCGGCCCAGGAAGCAUCCCCAUCCACUGGCCCUUCUUUGUCAAGGCCUCGCAAGCCCACAUCCAAGCCCUCCGUCAAGCCUCUUGCCAGGCCUCCCGCCAAGCCUCCUUCCAUGGCUGUAGUCAAACCUGGCGUUCAACCUGUCCUCAAGGCGAAGCAGACUCAAAAGGCAACCUCAACUCCUGCUGCUCCAUCAAUUCAUGAGAGUCUAUCAAUGUCCCAUUCGGCUCUUCAAAUGCACCCAGGCACUCCAUCAACUUGUCAUCCAGGACCCAACAGAGGAGGCAGGCAGGGGGCGUCUGUGCAGAAGAAGAAGUCAGAAAUGGCAGUGGCUGGGGCUGUGGGAGAAAACACGGGUGGGAAGGCCGGGAAGCUAAGGGGACAGGAGGCUGGAACGAGUGGGGUGGUGAGGAAUUCUGCUGGAGGAGGUGUGCAGACGGCAGGUGUUAGUGGUGAGGGUGGCGCAAAAAGUAUGAGAGCAGUGCUGAAAAGGAAAAGAGCAGUGGCUGUUGCUGAUGAGAGUGCUCGACGUAUCGCUGCCCCAGUGGCGUCUGUUGAUGCGGCUGUCGAUGGUGCGGAUGACGAUAUGCGUGGACCAACACCAGCAACAACAGCAACGGCAGUCACAGCAGCGAAGGCAGGACCAGGCGCUGUUGAUGCAAAGGCCAGUCAAGCCAAGAAAGCAGCAGCGAACAAGGCGACUCAACAGCGGCAAGGUGCACCCGUGGCUUUAGCACAUACAAAAUCCGAGGCACCUGUGAUCAAGGAAGUUAAGGUAGUCGUACCAGUCAAGUCUGCAGUAGCAUUAAAAAAAAGGAAUGUGGCUGCUGAAGGGACAAUUUCUGACAGGACAGGGAGGGUGGGGGCUUCAUCAGUAGCAAAGGGUGUUGGAGAGGUGGGUACAAGCAAUGCGCCAGCAUCAGGACAGGGGUCCAGAGGAAGAGGAUCAGCCAAGUCCUUGCCAGAAAAACAGCUGCUGUGA